AUGGCAGGGCGAAGUACCUCCCAAGCUCCCGAACUGGCGGCUCCAGUCACACUUCAGAUCAUGUCCGACCUCCACUUGGAAACUCCACGUUUCCUGCCGAUGUAUGCGGACUUCCGUAUCGAGCCUCGGAGCCCCUACCUGGCUCUUCUUGGUGAUAUUAGCCACGCUCACGAUAGGCGGCUUUUUCAGUUUCUGGAGGGCCAGCUUGAGCGGUUCGACGUUGUAUUCUUCGUCAUGGGGAAUCACGAACCCUACGAAUACGACGAUGGCGCCUCGGAUGAGCAACAAGACUUUACAAACUCGGCUGCUGUCUAUAUAUUGCACGAUUUUGAACGGUCAGUUUCUGACCGGAGGAGGGUCCAACUUGAGAGAAAUGGCGUUUCCUCACUCGGACAGUUUGUGCUGUUGGACAAAAAGCGUUUCGAUCUUUCACCGACGGUUGCGGUUCUCGGCUGUACUCUCUUCUCCCGCAUUUCCGACUUGCAAAAGAGCACUACCUCCCUGUUCGUUUCCGACUUCUCCAUGAUUACCGGCUGGAGUGUAGACGCGCACAACGCAAGCCAUAAAACAGAUCUCGAGUGGCUGAACAAUGAAGUGGAAACCAUCUGCCACACCGAGCCAGAGCGCCGCAUUGUCAUCCUCACACACUACAGUCCGACAAACUUGCCGGAGGCAAACAAUCCCGACCACCUUGAGGGUAAUCGUGGCGUGCAGACGGCUUUUGUCACGGCCCUCGAGCAAGAAAGGUGCUGGACCAGUCCUGCCGCCAAAGUUUGGGCGUUUGUAAUGCAAUUCGAGCGUCGGAGAACUGGUCCUUGGAUCCGCAGGACCGGCGAGCCGACUAUUCCUGCCUGA